UUCCACUCUCUCUCUCAUCUCGCUCUUCCAAGGCGACUCUCUUCUCUCCUGUAAUAAUAAGUCAACCUCUUUCCCUUCACUCCUCUCCCCCCCUCCCCCACAUAAAAUACUCCAUUGGCAUAAUCACUGACAUAGCUGUAUUAGCUUGAACCACACACUAGCUCCACCAGAGACUCGUAUUUAUUCACGAUGUAGUUUCAUCAAAUCCCAUCUCUUCCCAGAUCUGCACCCUCUUGCACUCAACCUAGGGUUACAAAUUCCACACCCAAUGCCUUUACAAAUUCCACACCAAAUGCCCAUUAAAUAUCUACAAUACUUACAGUGACAGCUCGUUUUGUAUUCCAAAUCAAACCCAAUGAAGAACGAUCCUUUGUACCCACGAAACCCACCUACCCCAAAAUCCAGCAACGGCGUAGCUCUAUCCGUUAGCUAAUACUAGUACUCUUUGGCUCUGAUGAAGCGGAGAGUGAGGCCUCUGUUCGGCACGUUGAUGCUCGUCGUGGCGGCGGCCUUCGUUCUGAGCUUCCGAGUCUCGACUCGCCGCGGGUUUAGCUCGUUUCGGCUCCCAAACGACGUCGUCGCGGCCCGAAAGCCCGCUGCGGCGAUGAACGAGACGCUGCUGAAGCUCGCGGCGGUUGAUCUGGGGGAAGCGCAGUGGAAGCAGGAGAUCGAGGAGAUGAUGGAGGGGAACUUACCGGAUCGGGGGCGGAAAAGGACGUAUCUGUCCUCCGGGAGGGUCAGGAUUCACCACGCUCGAGCAAGGUCGUUCAGGGGCAUUCCGGUAAACGUCCAGUCCCCGCAGUUUUACCGUCUAUGGCUGGAGUUGAGGAAGAUUUUGCACGGUUGGUGGCGGAACAGGCGGUUCCAGCCGGAUAUCAUGUCGGAUUUGGUCAAUCUCGUUAGGGUUCCGAUUGAUCGAGAGAGUGUGAAGUAUUCAUCUUGCGCGGUUGUGGGGAAUAGUGGGAUUCUGUUGCAGAAGGAGAAUGGUGAACUGAUUGAUAGCCACGAAGCGGUGAUCCGGUUGAACAACGCCAGGACCAGUGGCUUCGAGCGCCACGUGGGCUCGAAAACAACGAUCUCGUUCAUCAACAGCAACAUGCUGCACUUGUGUGCCCGAAGAGAGGGCUGCUUUUGCCACCCGUAUGGCCUAACCGUUCCUAUUGUCAUGUACAUUUGCCAACCAAUCCACAUGUUCGAUUACGCCCUGUGUAACUCGUCCCACAGGUCCCCGCUGGUGGUUACCGAUUUGCGGUUUGAUUUGUUGUGCACUAGGAUCGUCAAGUAUUAUUCGAUGAAGCGGUUUACGGAGGAGGGGAAGAAGUCGGUGGAAGAAUGGGGAUCUGCCCACGGCGGGCUUUUGUUCCAUUACUCUUCGGGAAUGCAAGCUGUUAUGCUUGCUUUGGGAAUUUGUGACAAGGUUAGUGUUUUUGGGUAUGGGAAAUCGGACUCGGCUAAGCAUCAUUACCAUACGAAUCAAAAGGCUGAGUUGCACUUGCAUGAUUACGAAGCAGAGUACGAUCUUUACCAUGAUUUGGUCAAUAGACCGCAGGCAAUACCGUUCAUCUUGGAUAAGUUCAAGUUCCCCCCUGUGGUAAUUUAUCAAUGACAUUUCGCCUGUGAAACCGUUAAGAUUCUGUGGCAAUUAGUUAAUUUCUUUGUCCGGUUCAAAAUUAGAUGUUCAUUUUGUACCACUUUACCGGAUGUCUCUCAUUAGAUGACACUGUUGAAUUCUAGUUCAUUGUUAAGACCCUGUAAUGGAAAAAUGGGUUUUGGAUGUUACACGAUGUAAAGUUGAAAUAGUAUUAAUGCAUUCUUGUAUGCUUUUGCUGCUUAUUGGUUCGGCUAAAAGUUGAAAUAGUGGAAAUGCAUUCUUGUAUGCUUUUGUUA